UCCAGAGACUGUAGGAGUCAUAGAUAGAAUUGGGACUGAUGUUGCUGCAAGAAUUGGGAAUUCUUGACUGGGUGCUAAUUCAGUAGCCACUAAUGUAGAUUUAAAUUAAUGUUCAAACCGAAUUAGAAGAUGAUGGCAUAAAACCAUGAAACUAUAAGUUUGUUUGCCUUCCAUAAAAAUACAGAGAAAAAAAUAUAAUGUAAAUUGUCUAAGGGACAAAUUUGAAAAAGGCAUUCAGCCUUCUGAGCUAGAACUCAAUUCAGACAUUAAACAAGGAAAAUUAGCCUGAAUGUAAAUGUUUUGUUUUAAAUGGAAGAUUGAAAACUAAGCUGAGCUUUUAAACUAAUGAUUUGUCUGUGUAACUGAAAAUGGUCAGUCUAACAGACUGCUGUGAAUUUAAAUCUGAAUAAGUACCUUUAACAGUUCUAACACCUUUUGUUCUGUUUUCACACCUCUGAGGGCACUUUUCCUGUAUUCGCCAUGGCUGAGUCUGCACAAAACAAAGGCAAUAGUCAUGCAUUGAGGCCAACAACAGAAAGACAUGGAACAGAACCUCCAAAUGUUACCAUUGAUCAGAUGUUGGAGAAUCUGAAUGCAUAUCUGGACAAAAGGCUGGGACUGAGUAAGUGCCAUGAUGACAUCUGCCAGAAGUACAGCAUCAAGUACUCAGAGAGUGGACUAUGGGCUUUGCCGGACAUUAAAAGGGCUUAUGGAAAGAUGCAGCGCUUAAGGACAUACACCAACAGAGAUGGCUUGUCUGUAAUUUUGCUCAAACAAAUUCGACAGCAUCUACAGAGAUGUGAAACUGACAAAUUACAACAUGAGAAAAAAGCAGAGAAAGCAAAGGUUCGAGCACUGGCUGAACAAUUACAGACUGUAAAGAAGGACAAAGAAAGACUGUUACAUCAGAAUGACAAGUUGUUAACUUUGCUCUCCAAACGACUGGAAUCAAAAGCUUCAAGCAGCUCUGAUAACAGUGAUGCAGAUAUCAACACACAUACUGAAAUUACAAAGGACAAACUGAAGGUUAGACUUGCUCCUGUAAUUAUUAAGAACAGAAGAACUGAAACUGAAAAUGAAGAGGAGUAUGAGGAAGAUGGUGAACGACGAACUCGCACAUUAAAAAAGGUAAUAAAGAAAUAUGUUCCAUACAGAACAUACCAGCCAGCUACUCCAGAGCAAGUUGACAAAUGGUCAAAAGAAUUGCCAGAUGUGUACAAGCAACCACGGAAAGUAUGGCAAUUUCUUCAACGCUUGCAGAAAAUCUACAAUUUACAUCCACUGGACAGUGUGAUGAUUGUUAAUGUGAACUUAAGAGACAAUGACCAACAACGACUUACAGAAAGUGUUGAAAGAAGGAUUGGUGAAUCUCAAGAAAACAUUGAAGCUGGAUGGGAAGCGGUUCAAACCUUCUUAUUUGAACUGAAACCUGCAGAGGUUAAUUGGGCUAAAAUUACCUCUUGUGUGCAGAAGACAGGAGAAAGUGUUGCAGAGUUUGAAGAACGCUUCAGACAAACUUGGAUGGAACAUGCUGGUUUGAACAACAACAUUGAAGAACUCUGUGAAGACACUAGCAUCCCUUUUAAAACCAUAUUUGUGAAUGGACUGAAACCUGAGGUUUCUAAAACUCUUAAAAUCAGGUAUGAUGACUGGGACAGCACUGGAACAACAUUUAUGCAGAUUGUAGAAUGGUCAGCAAAGAUUGAAAGAACACAGGAAGUCGAUCUCAGAGUUUUACAAUCCAAAACCUUGUCAUACAACAACAGGACAAUGGGAUACGAAAAAAGUGAAUAUCAGAGACACUCAAGAGAGAAAACUCAGGAAAGAUUUAGACAUUGCAACGAGGAAGGACACUGGAUUCGUGAUUGUAAGCUGAGUUUGAGACAAAGUGAUGACGACCACCUGUUGAAGAGGUUUCAGCAGUUGACAGCCAAACAAAAACAGACUCUGCUAAAUGCUGUGGAGCCACAGGGAAACUGAAGAACCUCUCUCUGCAGCACCAGCUAGUGACAUCUUAUCCAAAAGCUGAUGGACUCCAUGAAACCUCAACAACUGAAGCCACAGAGGAUGUCCUAGUAGACAGUGCUGUUAAACAAGCCGUAAAGGAGAGAGGUAAACAUGCAGCGGCAUUAAGACAACUUCAGCAAAACUCAAAAACUGUUCUACAUAGUAAACAGAUUCAAAUUGAAUUGGCCAGGAAACAAUCAUCAUUGUUAAUGGAAGAUGUAAAAAAACAUGAUGACAACCGAUGCCUUAAGGAAAACCACAAGGAAAAUGGACUAUGCCCUUUUGAACAUGUCACAGGCCGGCCCAUGUCCACUGAAAAUCUAACAUCUGUCAGCCUUGUCCAAACUGAUGGAAGACUCAGUCUGGCAGUACACAAUGCCAAGAAUCAAGUUUUGGCACCUCCAAAAGGGAGCCAUGGUUUAGUGCCCAACAAAUGGGUAAAGAUUAAAAAAACUGAUGUGUCGCAACAAGAAUACAGAUGGGAAAGACCAAUUGAGGAUCUUUUAGUAACUGACACAGCAGUUAAGGCACAGGGAAACAAUGAGUGGAUUGAUGUGAAUUUGCCUAGAGAUGAGGGAUAGAUGGCAGUAGUGUUUUUCAGAGUCCAAAUAUGGUGGGACUAGAGUUUUUAGGCUCUAGCUUGUCGCCUGAGGACGAAGACAUGAACAUUUCACCACUGAUAAACACUGUAGUGUCCUGCCAACAUUAAAUAGGGACAGUUAUAUUGGUAAUUAGGCAUAUUUUGUUUAAACUAUUUCUUUGGAAAGAUUUGUUUCCCUUUUCUCUGGUGUGAUUGUAGGUGUCCCAGCGUUUCAGAGGAUGAGCAAAGAUAUCCAACGCUUGGACCAAACUGCACUGGCCACCUAGAUAAACAUGCCUUAACAUCCACAGAACACAACAACAUUCGUCACUUCCACAAGAUCGCAACAUUAAAAUAAAAAAGAACUUAGGCAUUAAAGAUAAUGCAAACCUCACCAUGAACUCUUAUUCUGUCAUCUUAAGUAAGGGAGCCUGUAUGCAGCAUUCUGUAUUCAUGAUUACUGAAAAGUAUUGCAAGAAGGAACCUGUAUACAGCAUGUGUACAUGACUACUAAAAUUAUAACUGUUU